AUGGGGACCAGCGCACCGCUGCUGCGGUCGGUCUACAGGAGCGUGCUGCGCAGUGCGAGGCGCAUCGACGAGAACCCGGGCUUGAAGGCAUUGUUGGGUGCUGCCGACAACAGUUCAGACCUCUGUUCAGAAGCUCGGGUGGUGUUGGAAAACUACAUGCAAGGCCGAACGCUGUAUAUACCUGAUCCGCAAUCCAAAUACUCCCUGGUGGACAGGGCCAGAGAAGGUUCAGUGCUUCUGCGUCGGAUGGGCAGCCUGGAUCAAGGACUUGGAGCUCUGAGGUUUCUUAACAGGAUAAUUGAAGGAGGAAAGAAGCAACAACUGCUAAAUGACCAGUUGUCGCCCCUUGCAGCAGAACGCAUGCCUGAUUCAAGAGACAAGGUGUCUCUUGCAGAAGAGCCGGCACCCGGAGUGGUCCUCCUGGCCCACCCUUGCUUGGGCGGAUGGUUCUCUCGAACAGCAGUUCUUUUGGUUGAGCACAACAAACUGGGAUCGAGAGGCGUGUGUCUGAACAAGCCCCUGGCCGCGACGUUGAAGGACAUCAAGGAGAAAGCGCUGAGAGCCAUUCGGGAUGCAGGCGGCUCGCUGGAUUUCGUUGAAGUGGAAGUGGAAGGCUUUGGUGUGGUCAAGCUUCAAACACAGGCAGGCGCACCACAACACCAGUGA